GUUGUUUCGCCGUGGACGGAGGAGGAAGUGUUACCGUUCAUAGCCAAGAAAUUUAAGCGAAGAAUUUCUCUGUAGAUUGUUACUUCCAGGAUGUACGCUCUCUCUCUCAGUCGGUGACUGAGGCUUUUCGGGAGCUCGCCUUUCUUCGUUUUCUUUCCUGCGAGAGGGGAGGCCUUUCCACUCUCAAUAUGGACCACGAAAAUCUUCUAGCAGAUUGGCAGAAAUUCAAGCUGACAUCGGAAGAGGACGAGAUUGCGAUGGAUGUGGAUGUUGAUGCUGUAAAGAUGGCUGAGCAGGGGUUAGCGUAUAGCUUGGUGGGCAAACUCCUCGCCAAAAGGAUUAUCAGCGCUGAUGUGUUAUCCAGGGUGCUCUUGUUAGCUUGGAAGGUGGAACACCAAUUAACGGUGGAGAGCAUUGGGAAAAACUUGUUCCUGUUCCAUUUUUGCAGGGAAUGUGAUAUGAAUAGAGUAAUGAAAACAGGUCCUUGGUUUUUCGAUAAGGCUCUCAUUGUUCUUCAAAAACCAUGUUCCUCAAAAAAUAUUUCCGAAUUGGAGUUCAAUAGGGUGGCUUUCUGGAUUCAUUUAUUUGAUCUUCCAAUGUCAUGGUUGAAUAAGACAAUGGCAAUCCGUCUAGGGAAUGCGAUUGGAAACUUUGUGGAUGUUGAUUGCAAUGAGAAAGGAUUCAGUUGGGGUGCAAGCCUGCGAAUUAGGGUAUUGAUUGACAUAACCAAACCACUGAGAAGAGGAAUUAAGAUUAACAUUGAUGGUCCAAUGGGAGGAUGUUGGAUUCCGAUCCAAUAUGAACGCUUGCCCGACUUUUGCUAUUUUUGUGGUGUGAUAGGUCAUUCUUCACAUGAUUGUGAUGCACGCUAUCUAGCUGCACAGGAUGAUAGCAGAGCCACCAGUGAGUACGGGCCAUGGCUGCGGUUUGUUGGUUCAAAAGCUGGGGCUCAGAAGGGGAGGAAAGGCAAAUCACCAGCUCGCGAGGAUUCUUGCGGAUCAAGCUCUAUGAAUUCGAAGGAGCGGGGUGUGGAGGAGACAAAGCAACAGUUGAGUGAGCAGACAAACCAGGAUGGUUUCCAAAGUCAGGCAGCGGCGGAACAAACUGGGGAUGCCGGCGGCCGAGCGUCGGCCACGGGAUGUGCUCUUGGAAUGGAAAGUAACAGUUGGGAUCACUCCAUUAAUGAUUUUCCUAAAUCAUCCCAAGGAUCAAGGAAAAAAUUAAUGAGUGAUGUGCUGAAUAAAAGGAAACCGAAGGAUUUGAUGAAUCAGAAUUCAAGUGGAGCUAGAUUCCAGGAUUUACAGAAAGAAGUUACAAAUAUUCCUUUUUUCAAAUGCACAUGGUGAUAUGGGGAUUUCCCUUUCUGAUGAUAAGAAUGGGUCAGGGAGCAAUUCUGAAAAUAAAAAGCCCAUUAAUAUUGUGAACUCUGGCCCAGAAUCUUCCAAUCCCACUUCAGUAAAAAAUUGGAAGAGGAUGGCCCGAAGCAAGAAAAUCAAUGUAAGUUCGCAAGUGAUACAGAUUCACACUGGCCACAAACGAGAGUGUCAGACCCUGAUGGCUGAAGAACCGAAUAAGAAGGGGAAACUAAUUGCGGCAGAUUUGGAUUGCCUUUCAGAUGUCCUGUUUCAAACGGCAGAGGCUGCUUGUCAGCCCUGCCGAGCACCAUGAAAAUUCUUUGUUGGAAUGUCCGGGGGUUGGGGAACCCGAGGACAUUCCGUGAUGUAUGUGACUAUUUAAGUCAUCUUAAUCCCCUUAUUUUAUUUUUGUCUGAAACUAAAUGUAAUUCCAGUAUCUUGAAUAAUUUAAAAGUUCGUUUGAA